AUGCCAUUCCCAAAACGACAAACUUGCAUUAUUUUAUCACGAUAUCUUCCAUCAAAAUUACAUAUGAAAGCGUAUCAACUGUGCUGCAAAAGCUCAUGCGAUUGUUCCAUGAUUUGCAGUGGAAACGAUGAGAAAAAAGAAAAACUUAAAACUUCAUCAAAAGAUUGUCAAGUCACUUGA